GAACAAGUGGAGUACGUCUUCCUCAUCAUCUUCACGGUGGAGACGUUCCUGAAGAUCAUCGCCUACGGGCUGGUGCUGCACCCCAGCGCCUACAUCCGCAACGGCUGGAACCUCCUGGACUUCGUCAUCGUCAUCGUGGGGCUUUUCAGCGUCAUCCUGGAGCAGGUGUCCCACAAACCCGGUGAGGCUCACCACAUGAGCGGCAAACCGGGCGGCUUCGACGUCAAAGCUCUGCGCGCCUUCCGCGUCCUGCGGCCCCUCCGCCUCGUCUCUGGGGUUCCCAGUCUCCACAUCGUCCUCAACUCCAUCAUGAAAGCCAUGGUGCCGCUGCUGCACAUCGCCCUGCUGGUUCUCUUCGUCAUCAUCAUCUACGCCAUCAUUGGCCUCGAGCUCUUCAUCGGCCGCAUGCACAAGACCUGUUUCUUCAUCGGCUCUGACCUGGAAUCGGAGGACGACCCUUCCCCCUGUGCUUUUUCGGGGCACGGCCGGGCCUGCCUGCAGAACAACACGGAGUGCAGGGGCCGCUGGGAGGGCCCCAAUGGUGGCAUCACCAACUUUGACAACUUCUUCUUCGCCAUGCUCACCGUCUUCCAGUGCAUCACCAUGGAGGGGUGGACCGACGUCCUCUAUUGGAUGCAGGAUGCCAUGGGCCACGAGCUGCCCUGGAUUUACUUCGUCAGCCUCGUCAUCUUCGGCUCCUUCUUCGUCCUCAACUUGGUGCUGGGGGUGCUGAGCGGAGAGUUCUCCAAGGAGCGUGAGAAGGCCAAAGCACGCGGCGACUUCCAGAAGCUGCGGGAGAAGCAGCAGCUGGAGGAGGACCUGCGGGGCUACAUGGACUGGAUCACACAGGCCGAGGACCUGGAGGGGGACGAGGAUGAGCACGAGAAGCACCGCCUGACCGCCGAGGAGCUGAUGGGGAAGCGAAAACCUCGCCUCAAGUGGCUGCGACACCCCAGCCACUCCACCGACACCCACGCCAGCCUCCCCGGCAGCGAGACGACAUCAGUGAACACCGAGACGGCGGGUGAGGAGGAGGUGCAGCCCAACGCCUGCAACCGCUGCCUGUGA